GCGCUGGGGCAGCCUGGUGGCCUCGGGGUCCCCGCUGGCGCUUGGCGCGCGGAACCGGGGUCUGCACGCCUCCUUCUCCCCACCCGAUGUCGCCGCCCGGAUGCUGAUCGCCUCGCCCUGCUGAUCGCACGCGGGUGUGGGGCUGUGGAGGUCCCCCAGGAGGCAGGAAACACCCUUUGCAAAGCGGGAAUGGAGGUAAAUUGUUUAACACUAAAAGACCUGAUCAACCCCAGGCAACCCAGACUAGAUUUUGCAAUUGAAGAUGGGGAAAAUGCACAAAAGGAAAAUAUAUUUGUUGAUCGAUCAAGGAUGACCCCGAAGACUCCAAUAAAAAAUGAACCAAUUGAUUUAUCGAAGCAAAAAAUUUUCACUCCAGAAAGAAAUCCCAUCACUCCAGUUAAGCUUGUUGACAGACAGCAGGUGGAACCGUGGACGCCUACCGCUAACCUGAAGAUGCUCAUUAGUGCUGCCAGCCCAGACAUCAGAGACCGGGAGAAGAAAAAGGAACUGUUCAGACCCAUCGAGAACAAGGAUGAUGCGUUUACAGACUCUCUGCAGCUUGAUGUUGGGGACAGUGCUGUGGAUGAAUUUGAAAAGCAAAGGCCAAGCAGAAAACAGAAAAGUUUAGGACUCCUGUGCCAGAAGUUUCUAGCUCGCUAUCCAAGUUAUCCCUUGUCAACUGAGAAAACUACCAUCUCCCUAGAUGAAGUUGCUGUCAGUCUUGGUGUUGAAAGGAGACGUAUUUAUGAUAUUGUAAAUGUGCUGGAGUCACUGCACCUGGUCAGCCGGGUAGCCAAGAAUCAGUAUGGCUGGCAUGGACGUCAUAGCCUUCCCAAAACCCUGAGGAACCUCCAGAGACUAGGAGAGGAGCAGAAAUAUGAAGAGCAGAUGGCACACCUUCAACAGAAAGAGCUAGACCUGAUGGAUUAUAAAUUUGAAGAACGUAAAAAAGAUGGCUAUCUAGAAUCCCAAGAUCAACAGCUACUGGAGUUCUCUGAACCUGACUAUCCCUCUUCAUCUGCAAAUAGUAGAAAAGACAAGUCUCUGAGAAUUAUGAGCCAGAAGUUUGUCAUGCUCUUCCUUGUCUCCAAAACCAAGAUUGUUACCCUUGAUGUGGCUGCCAAAAUACUGAUAGAAGAAAGCCAAGAUACUCCAGACCAUAGCAAAUUUAAAACAAAGGUACGACGCCUCUAUGACAUAGCCAAUGUUCUGACCAGCUUGGCCCUGAUAAAGAAAGUGCAUGUAACAGAAGAACGAGGCCGUAAACCUGCCUUCAAAUGGAUCGGGCCUGUGGACUUCAGUUCUAGUGAUGAGGAACUUGUGGAUGUUUCUGCAUCUGUCUUACCAGAACUGAAAAGAGAAUCAUAUGGCCAUAUUCAGGUCUGUGCAAAACAAAAGCUGGCUCGACAUGGUUCUUUUAACACAGUUCCGAGUUCUGAGAGGAUUCAGAGAAAAGUGAACUCCGAACCCAACAGCCCUUACAAAGAACAAGGAUCAGGUGGUUACUCCUUAGAAAUUGGAAGUCUGGCAGCUGUCUACAGACAGAAAAUAGAACACAGUUCACAGGAGAAGCCAUUUACCAGUAAGAAAGUGAUGCCUCCAUCAAGCAGCCUGGACCCUGCUCCUCCCAUGCCUGUCCUCCCUAUUGACUCAGAUUAUUGUGCUAAUCCUUUAGCCAACCAAGUAUUUUCUGUGGCACAAAUGGACUUGCAGGCCUUCUCCACACACAGUGGUCUAAAUGGACAAGUAGGCUCCUUGCUCACUUCUGCAAACUCGGAUGUGGAGAACCUGAAGCCAGCCUUGCUGGCCGGCCAGCCCUUGGUGUACGUGCCCUCCACCUCACUGUUCAUGCUGUAUGGGAACCUACAGGAGGGGCCGUCCCCAGGGUCGGGGUCGGGGUCAGAGAGGGACAGCAGGAGCUCGGAAGUCCUAACAACAACAGAGUCGUCAUGCACACCCUCGGUUCAGAAGCGCCUCAGUGAGGAGAGGAAGUCUCAGGAGGAGGAGGAGCCGGCCACCAAAAGACAAAGUCGGGACUAUGAAGAUGGUCCUCUGUCCCUUGUUAUGCCCAAGAAACCCUCAGAUUCCACAGACAUUGCCUCUGCCGAGAUCCUAGGGAGCAGGGGGUCUGCGCCCCUCGAAGAUAUUCACACGAAUGGCCACCUUUCUGCUGCAAGGGAGUUUUUAGGAACGGCUACAACAAACGGCUUCGUUUCUUCUGACUGGGGAGAUCCCUUAAGAAACACAGAGAUUGAAAAGCCUUCCAAAGAAAAUGAAAGCGCCAAAGAGCCCUCUUUGCUGCAGUAUCUUUAUGUGCAGUCACCUGCCGGAUUAAAUGGUUUCAACGUGCUCUUAUCUGGCAGUCAGCCCACCCAUGCUGUGGGGCCAUCCUCAGGUCAGCUGCCGUCCCUCGGAGUUCCUUGCAUGGUCUUACCAUCUCCGACACUGGGCCCUUUUCCUGUUCUCUAUUCUCCCACUGUGCCAGGGCCACUUACCUCUGCUCCUGGCUCUCUCCCAAACACGGGACCUGUGAAUUUUGGCUUGCCUGGCCUUGGAUCAACAGCUCAUCUUCUCAUCAGCCCAGCAGCCAUGGUUAAUCCAAAAUCAUCCACACUCACUUCUGCGGACCCGCAGCUUCAGGGUCAGUGCUCACUUAACCUGAGUCCAGUGAUAUCCAGAUCACACCAUAUCAUCCAGCCCGAAUCCCCCGUCUUUGGGGGACAUCCAGCCUCUGUAGUAAAAUUACAACAGUCACCAGUUCCAGUGACUCCCAAGAGCAUCCGACGCUCACAUCGUGAGACAUUUUUCAAGACGCCUGGCAGCCUGGGAGACCCUGUCCUUAGGAGAAGAGAAAGGAAUCAGUCACGAAACAACAGCUCAGCACAGAGGAGACUCGAAAUACCCAGCAGCAACGGGGCUGAUUAACCUGACAUUUUGCCAGGCAGAGAUGGGAUUAAACCACCUGAAUUUCCCUGUUUCACAGGUCAUCUCCUAACACUGAACAACAGAGAAUAAAAAGCACACUAUCCAGUCUUCAACACACAUCCGCCAUAUCUGUCUUCCACUGUUUCUAAUGUUAACUUUCCAUUAUCAUGAAUCAUCUAUUUUCCUGAAAGUAAUUGUUAUUAAUUGUGCAUUUAACCCAGUUAGAGUCCAGCCCGUGCACGGUGUCACAGUGAAAGCACCAACUGACUGUUGAGGUUUUCCUUCAAGAAUCUUCUUACUGCUACAAGUAGAUCUGAACAGGCUGCUGGAGCCUUGCAGUUUUUCUGAAGGGGGCGAGGGCCUGUCUAGCACUUAAAUAGGGUGAGCAUUCUUGACAUGUAUUUCCACUCACCCUGAGUACAUCUGUGGUGAGAGAAACUUCCUUUCUGAGGUUUAAAAGAGCUACUGCUUCCUUCGGCUUCAUCAGGAAGCCAACUUCAGUUGUGAAUCCUAUGGUAUUAUUUAUUUUGUUCCUGAAAUGGGAUUUAGUGCAAGAAGUUUACAGCUACAGCAAAACACAUAUUUUUCAGGGUAUGACGGGUUGAAUGUUUAUACUUUUUUCUAGAAGUUGCCUUGCACUUACUUUACAACCUAGUAAUAAUGUGGAUAAACAUAUAUUCAUGACAAAAUGUCAAGACCAAAACAACUGUGAAAGACACACCUGCUAUAAUGAACUGUGCUAACCCUAUUGGGGCAUGAGAGCAAAGAUGAAUUCUAGCAGCCCAACAGCUGCCUCUCCAAUACCUAUGUGAGCAAUGAGUUUUCCAAUGCAUUGGCAAAAAAUCCUUCCAUGCUCGAUUCCCUUCACUACGUGCCCCUGUGGCUUUUUAUUUAAAUGUUAACUGUAGAGUAUUAGGUAUGGAUGCCUUCUGACAAUUGCUGGUUAUUGAAGAAAUCAAGAUGGUAGAAAAUAAUUAUAUGGAAAAUUGGAACCUGGAUGGAACCUUUUUGUAGAAUUCUGAAGAGUAACGAUGUAGAAAUCGCUAUAGGACAAUAGGUGGGUUUUUUUUUUUUUCUUUUACUUUUUUCCUUCAUGUUUGAAGGAUCAGAGGGAAAAUGGACAAUACUCAGUAACCAAGAAUAUUCAAACCAGAAUGGUACUUCUGUAAAAUAAGGAGUGUGCAGGGGUUCAAUUUUCUAUCAUGAAUACAAUUCUGGAAACUGUUAAGCAAUACCCUUCUGUUAAACCUUAUUACUUUAGGGUUUCAUUAAGUAGCCGAACUAGAUCUAUGUAUUCCUAGAUUUCUUGGUAUUUACCUCACUCUUAUCUCUUUCAAAGAAAAUGGUUUCCUACCUCCUUCCCUUCCUACUUCCUCUCCCUUCCUUCCCCACUCCUUUUCUUCUUUUCUUUCUGUAUUUCUCUUUAAAAAAACACUUAAAUUUGGAAUCUUGGUAUAGGUUUUUUUUUUACUUUUAGACCCCAUGAAAUGUUAUAUGAAAAAGAAUAAAAAUAUUAAUUUAAGAGACUCUGGGAGUCUGACUAAAGUAAAGCUACAGGAUAAUAUUAGCCUUAUUACCCCCACAAGAUUUUUUAAAACUUGAGGUAAGUACUCAGAUUAAAUAAAUUUUCUAUUAUAUAAAAUUUUUAUCAACACUAAACUUUUAAAGUUUACCAGAUUUUUUUUUUUGCUUUUUUAAGGUAUUUUCUAGAGUAAAAAAAGAUUAAAAUGUACUUCUAGUUAUCAAUAAUUGCAUGGUAAUACUUAUCCUGAUUCAUAUGCUGGGUUCCCUAUGGAAAAUGAUUAAAAUAUAUGUGUUUCAGGUAGAUGACAGCUAUGCAGCACAUAAAUCUACACGGAGCGCAUGCAAUUUAAAUACAUCAUGCUUAAGACCUUCCACAAAAUAUUUUCAUCAAAGAGGUCUAUAUUUAGAUGAAAACACAACCUGAAUUUCCCCUCAUUGUUCUUGCAUGCUCUCCACUUUACCAUCUUUGAUGUCCCUUUUUAUCCUGCUCAUAUGACCAUAUAAACCUCAGAGAAUUCACGGUUCUUGAGGGCUGUUAAGAAGCAACCCCAUAAAUAAGAAUAUUAUGUCUCUGGGACCAUACUGAGCAGUAAGAAAACAAAACACAAAAUGCUUUGUAUCAGUACCCACUUCUUAAUGUAGAUUUUUGAUAUGUGAAAAAUAAAUAAUGCAGUGGUUGUUUCUGUCACGAAAAUGAAUCUUUUUUUUACAGAAUGAAGCUGCUGAGCUAGACUUGGAUAUUUGGGUAGUGAAGCAGCAAUGGCAAUCUUGAGUCUAUCAUUGUAUAAUUUUAGUAAAAGAAAACAGUAAUUGUCAGCUAGCCUGCUAAGGAAAUGCAGCUUUGAGUUGGCACUGAGGAUGUGUGUGUACCCCACACUAUUCCAGGGUUUCGGAAACCCUUUCAUUCUGGUACAAGAGUUGGGGGUAUAACUUUUAUACUUGAAUCUACCUACCAAGUUUACAUUUCUCAUUUCCUUUUUAAGGUGCUAUUUCUGUAAUUUAAAUAAAUUUUCUUCCCCAAUAUAAAGCUGCUUUCUGUUUAUCUUAUUGCACUGCUAGUUUUAUGUAGGUUUUAAUUUUAUUGCUGCUUUCUGCUUUCAUUUUCAUAUUACUUAGUUCUCUUUUUUUUUCCUAAUGGCUAUAUUUUCUAUGGGUGUCUACUUGUAACU